AUGGAGGAAUCGACGGGGCCUGUAAACGAUUGUGACAAUGAAGACCAACAUGACAGCACCGCGGCGCCCGGAGAGAGACAAGUCGCUCAAUCUCUGGAUACAAUUCUGGAGCAGCAUAAGACGAUACAGCAAGAAACAAACGCAUACCUACAAAAUACCGUCGGCCGACCUUUAUCUCUUGCCAUCGCCUCAUUGGUGAAGACACAACCGCUCGACGCUAUCGGUUAUCUCGUUCAGUGGCUCCGGCAUUAUGUGGCACAUGAACAACAAAAGACAUUUCAGAUCAAAGAGCGAAAGGUACUCUCUCUGAAUGGCUGA